CCAUUAUACCCUUCCUUGCAAACAUGUCUGCCUGUCGCAAGACCAGAGACCCACCGAACCAAAAAAGCAAAGAAGCCAUCCAUUCCAAGCAAUAUCGACAAACAAGCCCCAGAAGACGAACCGGCAUCGAGAAAACGCUUUAUCACCUAUGUCAUCAAUCGAUGUCCGUCCUGGUCUUCAAAUGCCAAUCCGCUAUCUCAACCCCAACCUUCUAAUCUCCGGCGCCCGUCGGUCUUCCCUGCUUCUAUCCGUAUAUCAGCGUGCGACGUCAUUCAGGCUAAGAGCGUUCUCCACCGGCGCCAGUGAACCCGCCGUUAAGCUUCCAGAGAAACCGCCGGUUUGCACUGCUGAUGAGCUUCACUAUGUUUCCGUGGCUAAUUCUGAUUGGCGACUUGCCCUCUGGCGCUAUAAUCCCUCCCCUCAGGCGCCUCCUCGGAAUCACCCACUGUUGCUAUUGUCGGGAGUUGGGACCAAUGCAAUAGGAUAUGAUCUAGCUCCUGGGUCUUCAUUUGCACGUUACAUGGCUGGCCAGGGAUAUGACACAUGGGUUCUUGAAGUUCGGGGUGCUGGGUUGAGUGUAUGGGGAUCAAGCAUAAAAGAGAUUGAGCAGUCGGUCAAUAUAGUUUCUAAGCAUAUGGAAGAAGCUGCUGAGAGUGCAACUGAGAAUGCAACCAAUGGAGCUGUGUCUGCAAAGGAGCAGCCAACUGAUUCUUGGAGUGCUGAAGAUAGUAAAACUAGGAUUGCCAACAAUGGGGUUGUGUCUGUUAAAAAACAGCCAACUGAUUCUCAGAGUCAUGUGUCAGAAAAUAUGAUGUCUGUGAUAAAAGAUGAUCCAACAGGAAUUGCAACAGUUUGGGAUGAAUCAAAGUUGGUGGCAAAAUUGACAGAAACUUUUAUGCGCUUGUCAGAAACACUCUCGGGCUUUCUCAGUGAAGGUCAAUCAAAGACUAUUUCUGUCAAAUUAUUGGACCAAAUAUCAAAACUUAUAGGAGAUUCUCAAUUAUCUGAGCGUUUUAAUGAGAUCCGAGAGGGGCUUCUAAGAUUGUUGGAAACAAGACAAAACUCAGCUAUUGGUGGCCAAUUCCGGGAUUUGAGUGAGAGACUUGUAAAUGUUAUUGAGGAAGGUCAACGAUCUGUCUCACCUCAGCUGUUUGACUUGCAAGAGCGUUUUUAUUCUACCAUAGAAGAUUUCCAGAAACAGCUUGACUUGAUUGUGAAGUACGACUGGGAUUUCGAUCAUUACUUAGAAGAGGAUGUUCCUGCUGCGAUGAAAUAUAUAAAGGCUCAAAGCAAGCCCAAGGAUGGUAAGUUGCUGGCAAUUGGGCACUCCAUGGGAGGUAUCUUGCUUUAUGCAAUGCUCUCAAGAUGUGGUUCUGAAGGUAGCGACCCUGAACUUGCGGCUAUAGUUACUUUGGCAUCCUCACUUGACUACACAUCUUCAAAAUCAACACUCAAAUUGCUCUUGCCCCUUGCAGAUCCCGCUCAAGCUCUGAAUGUCCCUGUUGUUCCUUUAGGGACGUUAUUGGCCGCUGCUUAUCCUCUUUCGUCUCGUCCUCCUUAUGUGCUCUCAUGGCUUAAUCAGCUGAUUUCUGCCGAGGACAUGAUGCAUCCUGAAAUGUUGAAAAAGCUUGUCUUGAACAACUUCUGUACAAUACCCGCUAAACUACUUUUGCAACUGACAACGGCUUUUCGAGGUGGGUUGCGUGAUAGGAGUGGUAAAUUCCUUUAUAAGGAUCAUUUACAGGAAAUCAAAGUGCCUGUUUUAGCACUUGCAGGAGACCAAGAUCUAAUAUGCCCACCUGAAGCUGUUGAAGAAACUGCUAAGCUUAUUCCUGAGGAUUUGGUUACCUACAAAGUAUUUGGAGAAUCUGGUGGUCCGCAUUAUGCUCACUAUGAUUUGGUCGGAGGUCGAUUGGCUGCGGAGCAAGUGUAUCCAUACAUAAUACAAUUCCUAAAUCGUUGUGACACAUGAUUCUGUACAAUACAAAACUUCAUGACCAGAAAUCUGCGGUUCAAACCAAAACGCAGUGGCGCAGGCUACAUCUUUAAGUUUGCCAUGUGCAUUCCAACUGGUAUGAUGUAAAUGGUAGAUGAAAAUCAGGGAGAGGUUACCAUAAGAUUGAACUGAAUAUUAGAAAUCGAUCUCCCUUAUUGCUACUGAACAAAAGGGUAGUUGAGUUCAAGCAUUCUUGACAACACCUUAUCUUUUGCUUACUAAAGCUCUGUAAUCUGGCAGUCUUUGGCUGGCAAUCCUAUAUCUUAACUGAUUUUUCUCUUAGACAUAGUCAGUUACCUUGGAAUCUUUUUUCUUUUGGUGACAUUGAAAAUGAAGAAGUAAUUGCAAUACACAUAGGUUGUUUUUA